AAAGGGAACCCCGUCGGCAAUAUGGCAGUGGCGGGGGGGGGGCAGUACCCCCGUAAAACACGGUGAUUGCCCCCCACAGGUUUGGUUCAAGUCAGCCUAAAAAAUGAAAAGUACGCCGCCCGAGAUGAAAAUGUUCACUCAGCAGACCCCGCAAAUGUUUUAUUUGUAUGGUUGUAAUGCACAAAGCAAGUUGUUUCCAUACUGGUCUUGUCUGGCGACAUUUUCAGUCAGCAAGUUUGCUUUUGUUUCUUAAGCUGAAAGAGGAGCACGUGACGAAUGCAGGAAGUCAGCGUCAACGAUCAGCGAGCGAGAAAACGGAUGGAUGCGUUAGCGUCCCCCAGCGGUCGGUUGCUUGUUGUCAGCGGCAGUGACGUCACAUUAAGAGAGAGAGAGCGGAAAAGAGCGAAUCGCCUAUCAGCUGCUCGCAGGAGCGCAGCGGCCACGCAGAUGAAAGGAGAAAGGAGGGAAAGGAAGACGACUCCGCCCCCUCCCCCGCGCACCGGCACCGGCACCGACACCGUCAGCCUCCGCUUACCGAUGGGCGCUCGUCGCGCAGCCUCCUGAGAGAGCUGCCACAUGUCCCUCGGCCGCCACCGCCAUGCUGCCCCGUCACAUGCGAGCCGGCGGCGCCUACGACCUGCCGGGGUCCGAGUCCAGCGCCGCUCCCCUCGUCGGCUUCCGGCCUCUCGGCCGCCGCCCGUCGGGCGACGCCGGCGACCCGCACGCUGCUCUGCAGUGUGUGUGUGUAAGGCUGUGGCGCAGGCUGAUAAAGGCAGGUGGGGGCGGGGCCUCAGCCUUUGCCUCAGGUGUGCGCAACACACAAGCGAAGCAUCCCGGGACGUGUAGACGUCACGUGGGAGAGUCGAGGCCCUUGGCACGCGCGCGACAAGAUGGCGAGCGUCGAAACUCGAGCGGCUCUCGCGCCGCCGCCGUCCUGGGAAUAAUCCGGAAGCGACGCUGUUGCUUCCUGUCGGGACUUGCCACGCAAAAGGUGGCGUCGUCGCCCAUGAAGACGACGUGGUACUGCCCCCUGGAGCAGUCGACAGUGGUGGAGGAGGAAGAAGACGGAAUGAUCUACACGGCGGUCCUCAAACAAGCCGCCGGCUCUCCCACCUCGGCCGGCGCGUCCCGCUGCCGGCUGGCGAAGGCGGGCACGGAGGACAAGUUGGCGCUGCACCUGCUGCGCGCCUUCGCGCUGGGCGACACGUCCUUCGUCAACAUCUUCCUCGCCACGUAUCGCUCCUUCAGCUCCACGCAGAGAGUGCUGGACGUCCUCGCCGACAGGUUGGAGCGGCCGCCCGGUGACGGCGACCAGAGCCGGCGCGGGAAAUCGUUCAACAGAGCGGCGUGCUCGGUAUUUAGCGCCUGGCUGUCCGAGUACCCCGAAGACUUCCGGCGCCUGAAGGAUCCUUCGCGGCUCCUGCGACUGGCGCCGCUUCUCCCUCGAGACUCGCCGUCCGCCGCCGACCUUCGCGCUCGAGUCCUCCGCGUGGCCGAGGAGCUCAGCGAGAAAGCCCUGCUGCCCGACGCGUACCGAGACGCGAAGAUCUCCGGUGUCCCGAGCGCGGACGCACGCAAGUUCGAGGCCACCGCCAUCCUGGGCUUCCCGUCGGCCGUCGUCGCCGAGCAGCUCACCCGCAUCGAGACGGACCUGUUUGUGCGCGUGGUCCCCUACGACUGCCUGGGCUGCGUGUGGUCCCAGCGCGACAAGAAAGGUCGCGAGGGCGCGUGCGGCUCCGUGCGCGCCACGGUCCGCCAGUUCAACCGUCUGGCUAACGCCGUGCUGGCGUCGUGCCUGGGGAGCGCCGGGCUGCGCGGCCAGCAGCGCGCCAAGCUCCUGGAGAAGUGGAUCGGCGUCGCCCAGGCGUGUCGCGCCAGGAAGAACUUCUCCUCGCUGUACGCCAUCGUGUCGGCCCUGCAGAGCAACCCCAUCCACCGCCUGAGGAGGACCUGGCAGGACACCGACAGGGAGGCGACGAGGAGGUUCGAGGAACUGUGCGAGAUCUUCUCAGACAAGGACAACUACUCGCAAAGCCGAGAGUUGCUGAAGGAGGAAGGAACCUCCAAGUGCGCCAACCUGGACGACAAGCACACGAGCGCGUGGAGCGUCGGCGCGCAGGGCACGGUUCCGUACCUGGGCCUGUUCCUGACCGACCUGACCAUGCUGGACGCGGCCGUCAAAGACCGUCUGGAGAACGGCUACGUCAACUUCGACAAGAGGCGACGGGAAUUUGAGGUUUUAGCUCAAAUCCGACUGCUGCAGUCGUCGUGCAAAAACUGCGCGCUGGUCCCGGACGAGACCUUCCUGCGUUGGUACCGCAGCGUACCCACGCUGACCCAGGAGCAAAGUUACAGCCUGUCCAACGAGAUCGAAGCACCUUGCGAAGCGGCGCCGGCCCCCCGCGGCGGCCCCCCGACGGUCGUCAUCACGCAGUGUCCCGAUUUGGGCGGUUCGGCGAGCAGCCCGCCGUCGGACGCGGACGCGCCCUUCGACUUCUCGUCGCCCGUCAACAACCUGCUCUCCAAACUCACCAAGCACAUGAGAUCUCCGUCGGUGUCGUGUCUGGACGUGGACACGUCGCCGCCGCCGCCGCCCGUCGACGGCUCUGCGGCUCCCGGGACGCCGCCCAAAUCCCACCGCCGCUCCGCCUCCUGCGGCAACGCCCCCGCCCUCGCCGCCGCCGGCAGUUCGGGCCCCGACAUGCGCAUCAUCAGGAUCCGCAUGGACCUGCACGACGGCAACUUGUACCGCAGCAUCCUGGUGACCAGCGACGACAAGACGCCGACCGCCAUCAGCUCGGCCCUGGAGAAACACAAUCAGGACCCCGCGCAGGCGUCCGCGUACGAGCUGCUCCAACUUCUGCCUGAAGGAAAAGAGUUGCUGAUCCCGGCCACGGGAAACGUUUUCUACGCCAUGACGUCGUCCAGCGUGGACUUCCUGUUGCAACGGAAAGCCGGCGACGCGUCGCUCGGGUCGCCGGCCGUCGGCCAAUCGGAGAGCGGCGCCGCCACGUAUCCUCGAAUCAAAGCCAAGGGAAGGAGAUUGGCCCGAAAUCUCUUUUGAAAGAAACAAAGGAGCGUCUUUGAAUUUGGGAUUUGGAUUUGGUUUGAGAGGAAAGUCAUUUUCCUCCACCGUUUUAUUGGAACUCCUUCAUAUUAUCAAUGAAAUUGAGUUUAUUUUUCUUUUUAAAAAAAAAUUUACAGCUUGUACCAAAUAUAUUUUAUUUCAUCAUUCUUAUUUUAUUUUUGUGUUAUUUUCUCUGGAUGUUUUUAUCUUGUUUUUUUUUUUUUAUUAUUAUUAUUAUUUAAAGCAAUUGUUUCAUUUUUUAAAUAUUACCACAUUUUAUUUUGUCCUUUUAUUUCCACAGUUCCUACCAAAUGUUAUCUUUUUUUUUUUCAUUUUUAUUGUCUGUAAAUAUUUCUCCACACCUCCUAGCAACCUGUAUUUUGUAUAAUUUAAUUGUACAUCUUUUUUUAAUUUCCUGUUUUAAUUUAUUGAACUUUUUUUGGGGGGGGGGGGAUGGCGAAGCUUUUUCCCAAAGCAGCCAUCAAAUACAAUUGUUUUGUUUGUUUUGGAACGUGUUGGAAACGGCAACAUUUUCCUUUAAGUCUUCCCAUCAGCAUCAUCAUCAGCAUCAUCAUCAUCAGCAGCAGCAGCUGCGCUGGAGAAGAAAAAGAAAGUUUUGAUUUGGGCUGUCAGUCGCGAAGCUUUUUGUGAGGAAAUGUGUCUCCAAAUGUGUUAGUUUUUUGAUGUAUGUCGAAUAUUUUAUUUUAUUUUAUUUUUUAUUUUUUUUUGGCCAUAUCCAAAUAAUUAUCUCCAACUUUUUGUUACCUGAAAACGUUGUUUUGUUUUUCUCCAUACCCUGACGAUUUUUGGGGUUUUGAUGGCGUUUUAAAUAUCCAAUUAUCACGUGUGCUGAAGUCAACGAGGCAAAACGGAACUUUUUCCGCUCGUGUCUCAACACAACACGCUCUGGGAAAUGUCCAAGUCAAAGUCCCAGCGGGACCGGCGGAGGUCUCGCGCGCGCCCGUUUGCCACUGAAGCUUCCCGAUUGGCUGAGGCGACCGCGGCGCCGAGGAGCGAAUUCCGAUCAUUCUGAUACGAGUGAAGCUAAAUGACGUACGCUAGCUCUGCUAGCGAUGCUUUUCUUUGCGCCUUCCUCAACAAGGUGCCCACCACCUCCACCCGCGCGGAAAUAUUGCAAAUAAAUGUCCUAUUUUUGUACACGACAAAUGUACUUUCUACCACAGCGGAACAUUUUGGACGCCGCCCAUUAAAAGAACAUCUGCCGACAACGCUUGUCGUCAUUUUGGCUGUUGUGUUUUCAUGUGAAGAACUUUGGAUGAUUGGCUGUAGAAAUAAAGUCAAAAUGAAAAGAAAUGGA